AUGUCCUCCUCGACCCAAUUCCCCCCUCUCAAAGGCGACGCCUCCCUCCUCCUAGCCUACCAACUCCAUUCCAAACGUGUCCUGCUCAUCGGCGGAGGUCCCGUCGCCGCCUCCCGCCUCACCCACGCACUCGAAGCCGACGCCCUCGUCACCCUCCUCUGUCCUUCCUCAGGCUUAUGCCCCGAGCUCCUGUACCGUCUCUCCGACCCUUGGUGCAAGAGUAGGAUCACGUACCAUGACCGGCCUUGGCUUGGAACGGAGGAUCUAGACCUGGACGGAGGAGCAGACAUGGUCCUUUCCGCAACGGACGACCCUGGGGUAUCCAAGUCUGUCUGCGUAGCUGCGAGGAGCCGCAGGGUGCCGGUGAACGUCGCUGACGUACCGGAAGAAUGCGACUUUCAUUUUGGGAGUACGAUCCGGGAUGGACCGUUACAGGUGCUCGUUAGCACCGGGGGGAGGGGGCCGAAGGUCGCCAACCUGAUCAGGCGGAGGCUGGAGCGCGCUUUGCCUGAGAAGUGCGGGAUGGCGAUUGACAGAGUUGGGGAGCUGAGGCGCCGCUUGAGGGCGAGAGCGCCCGGGAGGGAAGAGGGGAAGAAGAGGAUGCAUUGGAUGGUUGGGAUAUGUGAGGCUUGGGAGUUGGAGGAUUUGGCCGAGUUGGAGGAGGGGGAUAUAGAGGUGUUGUUGAGGGAUGGGUGGGAGAAGGGCAAGGUGUUGAGCCCGAAGGAUUUGGGCAAGGUGGGCAAGGGGAAGGAGAAGGUGGACAACGGAUUGAAUUGGAGGAGGGAGGGAAUUGCGGGACUCUUGGGCGCCGUCGUUGGCGCUGCUGUCGUGGGACUUGCAGUGUUCGUGCGAAGCUCGAGGUAA